GUAUUUGAGGUUAUGUUUAUAUGCUACUAUGGUAUAUUUCAGUGAUAACCGAGCAUAUUAUUGUUAUCUCUCAAUGCCGACGUCCUAGGAAUCGAGGCUUCGAUUUACAAGUUGUAACUAUUUAUAAGUUAUAGAACAACUUAUUAAUCCUUAAACAUAACUACCUUGCUGAAUAUUUUUGUAUUAACUUUACAACUGCAUAUUUUUAAUUUUUAUUAUAUACUGUUUACUGUUAAUUGUUAAAGAAUGUCGUUGUUACGUCAGAUGAUAAAUUUAAGUAAAACUACUAGAAUUGGUCCAUUUUACAUACACAGUAAAUUCCUUAGUACUAAAACUGAUGAUCCGAUUCACUCUCAUAUAGAUAAGUUGGUAAAAAAUAAUAAAAUUGUCGUCUUUAUGAAAGGUGUCCCACAAGCUCCUAGGUGUGGUUUUAGUAAUGCAGUUGUAGAUAUUUUAAAUAUUCACAAAGCAAAAUUUGAUGCUCAUGAUGUACUUAAAGAUGAAAAUCUCAGAAAUGGAAUUAAAGAAUACUCAAACUGGCCAACAAUUCCUCAAGUAUUUGUUAAUGGAGAAUUCAUUGGAGGCUGUGAUAUUAUGUUGCAAUUACAUAGAUCAGGAGAAUUAGAUAAAAUAUUAUUAAACAAUGAACCAAAAAAAGACACUCAAGAAAAACCUAAUGUUUAAUUCAGGAAAAUAAUUAAUAUAAUUUACAUAGUUUAUGAAAUAAACACCUGAAAAUUAAUUAGUAUUC